AAACAUGAUUGGGUGCAAUGUGUGGGAUCCAAUCCCUCUCUGAAGAGGACCAAGGAAAAGCGGCUUGAAAUCACAGGGAAAGCCACAGGCUUUCAGCUCGUUGCUAGGAAAGCGUUGGAGAAAAUACUGUAUUGGAAGGUCCUUGUAGGUUUUCACAGGCAAAGCCCUUUCCUCAAAGCUGACACCUUGCUUGGGUUGCUCUUUCCGCAGGUGAUCCCGAAGCACAAGUAUGUCCUGGUGAAAUUCGACACCCAGUAUCCUUAUGGGGAGAAGCAGGAUGAGUUCAAAAAGGUGGCUGAGAGCUCAGAGUCCAGCAGUGAUUUGCUGGUUGCUGAGGUGGGAAUCUCAGAUUAUGGUGACAAGCAGAACAUGGAGUUGGGAGAAAAAUACAAACUGGAUAAAGACUCUUAUCCAGUCUUUUACUUGUUCCAAGAUGGCGACCUGGAGAGCCCCCUGCCUUAUAAUGGGGAGGUCAAGGCCGGCGCUCUCCAACGCUGGCUAAAACUUCGAGGGAUCUAUAUGGGGAUGCCAGGUUGCCUGAAAAUAUUUGACACCUUGGCCAGCAAAUUUGUAAAUGCCGCCCAAGAACCUGAGCGUCGGGCUCUCCUGGAAGAGGGGCAAGAGCAUUUGGCCAAGGCCAAAGAAAGCGAACGGAAAUCUGCCGAGCAAUACAUCAAAAUCAUGGGCAAAAUACUCGCCCAGGGGGACCAGUUCACGACCAACGAGAUCUCCCGGAUCACCAAGCUCAUUGAAGAGAACAAGAUGAGCGACGGGAAGAAAGAGGAACUCUCAAAGCGCUUAAAUAUCCUGUCUUCCUUCCAAAAGAAGUCGAACAAUGAGAAAGAAGAGCUUUGACAGGGCAAGUGAAGAUGGCAUAAAAUGUGGGUGAGGUCCCAAGCCGGUGCUCCUUUAAGCAGGCAAAAACAUCCCCUUGCAGUUUCAAAGAGGUUACAGAAGCCCUUUUAAUUCCUUAACGAUAGCCCCCCCC